CAACACAAGAAGUAACUCACAAACAUGGCAUUCGAACUCUUGGCUUUUGCUGCUCUCGUAUCAGUAGCCCGUGCUGGUAUAUAUGGGGAAACUUACUCCGCUCCAUUAGCUUAUGCACAACCAGCAACAGCUAAAUUAGCUUACUCUGCAGCUCCAGCUGUAUCUUACUCCAGCAUAUCAUCCCCAGUAGCCUACGCUGCUCCAGCUGUAGCUAAAUUCGCCGCUCCAAUCUCAUACGCCGCACCAGCAGUAGCUAAAGUAGCAUACUCCGCAGCUCCAGCUGUAUCUUACUCCAGCAUAUCAUCCCCAGUAGCCUACGCUGCUCCAGCUGUAGCUAAAUUCGCCGCUCCAAUCUCAUACGCCGCACCAGCAGUAGCUAAAGUAGCAUACUCCGCAGCUCCAGCUGUAUCUUACUCCAGUGUAUCAGCUCCAGUAGCUUACUCCGCGCCAGCCGUUGCUCCAGUCUCUUAUGCCGCACCAGCCUAUAAAGUAGCUACUCCUGUAGCUUACUCUGCUCCAGCUUAUAAAGUAUCCGCUCCCGUUGCUUAUGCAGCUCCAGUAGCCAAAGCUGUUUAUGCCGAACCCUCAGCACCAGCUCACUACGAUUUCGGAUACUCCGUAAAUGACCCCCAUACCGGAGAUAGUAAAACUCAACAGGAAUCUCGUCGGGGAGAUGUCGUUCAAGGUAGCUAUUCUCUCAUCGAAGCUGAUGGAAGCAAACGUGUCGUUGAGUAUGCCGCAGAUGAUCACAAUGGAUUCAACGCUGUAGUACACAAAGAACCUGCUGCUGUAGCAGUUAAAGCCGUAGCUCCAGCAUAUGCUGCUCCUCUUGCAUACGCCCAACCAGCUCUUAAAGUAGCUGCACCAGUUGCCUACGCUCAACCCGCCUUGAAAUACAAGAGGAGAAUAGACCAAGAAAAACUAUGUUUACAGAUAAAAUCAGAAGAAAAAGAAGAUAAAAAGCUUGGAGAUACUCACGAUAGACAUAUCACCAAACAAGCAAACAUGGCAUUCAAACUCUUAGCUUUCGCCGCCAUUGUAACAGUAGCCCGAGCUGGUAUCCUUGGAGAAGCCUACACGGCACCGUUGGCUUACGCACAACCAGCAGUAGCUAAGGUAGCUUACUCUUCAGCCCCAGCUGUAUCUUACUCCAGUGUAUCAUCUCCAGUAGCUUAUGCUACACCAGCUGUUGCUAAAUAUUCUAGACCCAUCUCAUACGCCCCUCCAACUAAAGUAGCUUACUCCUCAGCCCCAGCUGUCUCUUAUGCCAGCGUAUCAUCUCCUGUAGCUUACGCUACACCAGCCGUAGCUAAAUAUGCUGCUCCAAUUUCUUACGCAGCUCCAGCUUAUAAAGUAGCCGCUCCAGUAUCCUACGCAGCUCCAGUAUCCUACGCAGCUCCAGUAGCCAAAGCUGUUUAUGCCGAACCUUCAGCACCAGCUAACUACGAUUUCGGAUACUCCGUAAGCGAUCCCCACACCGGAGAUAGUAAAAGCCAACAAGAAUCUCGUCAUGGUGAUGUCGUUCAAGGCAGCUACUCCCUUAUCGAAGCUGAUGGUAGCAAACGUACCGUUGAAUACACUGCUGACCCCCACAAUGGAUUCAACGCUGUAGUUCACAAAGAUCCUGGUGUAGCUGCUGCUCCAGUUGUUGCAAAAGUAGCUGCUCCAAUCGCUUACGCUCAACCAGCCUACAAAGUAGCCAGCCCUCUAUCUUACGCUGCUCCAUUGGCCCACGGAGGAUACUACCACUAAACGAUGACCAUAUACCUAUACUAUAUUGUAUAUACAGUUAACUUAUUGGAAUAAAGACUGUUAAAAA